UCAAGAAAUAAAACUAUAGAGCAGACCGUGCGGCGGCGGCUCCGUGACAGGUUCGGCCUCGCACGCGCCUCCCAUCCAGCGCCGCUAAGAUGCCCAAGAGGAAGGUUAGCGCGGACGGAGCGGCGAAGGCGGAGCCCAAGCGCCGCUCCGCGAGGCUGUCGGCCAAGCCCGCCCCUGCCAAGGUGGACGCGAAGCCGAAAAAGGCCGCAGGAAAGGAUAAGUCAUCGGAUAAAAAAGUGCAAGCAAAAGGGAAGCGGGGAGCAAAGGGCAAACAAGCUGAAGUGGCCGACCAGCAAACCACGGAUCUGCCCGCAGAGAAUGGAGAGACUGAGAACCAGAGUCCAGCCUCUGAAGGAGAAGAGAAAGAAGCCAAGUCCGACUAACCAUCCAUCAUGUCUGUCAGUGUCCCCGCCUCCCUUCUUGUACAAUCCAGAGGAAUAUUUUUAUUUACUAUUUUGUAAAUGCGAGUUUUUUAGUAGCUCUAGUAACAUUUUUAAAAGGUGGGGAGAAAUCCUGCCUCAUCCCAUUUUUUAAGUGUAAAUGAUUUUUUUAAGAGGUUAAAUCACUUGCUGGUUGUUUAUUUUUUGGUACAACCAGAAAAUAGCAGGAUACUGAAUCAAGAGAGGCUGUGACUGUCUCGGGGGUCACCAUAACAUUCCGUAGAGGGGGCUAGUUUUAUAUCCUACAACACAAAGCAUAUACUAAGUGGUAAUUUGGAGUCUCGGUCGUGCGUUUGUGUCUGCAAUAUUUUCCGUUAUAUCCAGUGUCGUGUUUCGUAGAACUGUUGGCUAAAAACCCACUCCUUGGUCCUUACCCUGUCAGGACUGUCUGCCUAUGGCAGUCCAUUUU